AGUGUGACGCGGGGCGCCGCGUCGGCCGCACGCGACAUGCGCCCCCUCUAGCGGACUAUGUUCCUACCCGAGCUGCCGCGAGCCUGCAUGGUGGACGACGUAGCGACCUACUUGCAAGCGCCCUCCUCGGGACAGGACGAGUUCCAUCCGUUCAUAGAGGCCCUAAUGCCUUUCGUUAAAUCGUUUUCGUACACGUGGUUCAAUUUACAAGCGGCGAAACGGAAAUAUUACAAAAAACACGAGAAACGGAUGAGUCUUGAGGAGGAGCGGCAUACUAAAUAUGAAUUACAGAAUGAAAAAGCAGAAGUCAAACAAAAAUGGGCAUCCCGGUUACUGGGAAAGCUUCGGAAGGACAUCACCCAAGACUGCAGAGAGGACUUCGUGCUCAGCAUCACGGGCAAGAGGCCGGCGGUCUGUGUCCUCUCCAACCCGGACCAGAAGGGCAAGAUGCGGAGGAUAGACUGCUUGAGGCAGGCCGAUAAGGUGUGGAGACUAGAUCUGGUCAUGGUGAUACUCUUCAAAGCCAUACCCUUGGAGAGCACGGACGGAGAGCGACUAGAGAAGCACCCUGAGUGUACGCAGCCAGGUCUCUGCGUGAACCCGUACCACAUCAACGUCUCUGUCCGCGAGCUGGACCUCUACCUCGCAAACUUCAUCAACAGCUAUGAUAUCCUAAGUGGGUCCAUCUCUCCUCAUCCACCUAGAGACAAAGAGAACGAACACGAGGCUAAGAACAAAGGUUAUAGUCACAAUCCAUACAAUGGUGUUAUUUGCAACGACAUAAUACUAGCGACGGGUGUCUUCUCUUCUAAGGAACUAUGGAAGUUGUCUAAAGCGUCAAUCCUGCAAGAGACCGGUUCUGAAUCACCUGGUGGUUCCGGUGGUGGUAUCAAGUUGGAAUCGGGAUAUUACUGCGGGUACAAUAGUCCAGCACCACCCACCUUCGAUCCUCCGGCGGAGAGGUCCACUCCGUCGACCAUGCUUGUCGGGCAGUGCUUUAGUAUCCCCCACAGCUCAGCGGGUCUGAGUUCGGCCCAGUCGCCGCUGGUGCCGUCCAACACGAUAUUCUACCAGCCGCCGCCCGCGGACACGCACCCCAAUACAUCAGAAGCCUUAACGAGUCAUCAUUCGAGCGCGAAGUACGAGACGCCGCAGGACUCUCUCGGGGACUUCGUGACCUUCGUCUGCCAGGAGCCAACAGAUGUUGCUCAAUUACAGGUUCAUAGCUUGUCGAGGAGUCCUAAGCCGGCGUACUUCAGCAGCUCGAUGCUACCCCCACCCCCCCUACCCCCGAUGGCGAGACCAGUAGCUAUCAUUAGAUCGACAGCGAGCGAGCUGUCCCCCUCGCCCCCCGCGGUGGGUUCGCCGCCGCCCUCCCCCCGCCGCCGCUCGCCGCUCGCCUACCGCACCGACUGCCACCCGCCGAUGUCCCACUUCAACCACUACCACACGCAGUCGCAGCAGGUGUUCACGUCGUAUGGCACGGGGCUGGGCUCGCUGAGCGGGACGGGGGGUGGGGGCGGCGCGGGGGGCACGUCCCCUCCCGGCGGCCUGGGUCUGUACGCGCCGCGACCCUCCAACAGGGCUCCACCGAGGUGGAACCCACCGUUCACGACGCUAGAAGAAGAGUUUAACAUAAUGACUGCGCCACCUGGUCCGGACCACGUGGUCCUACUGGAUGAUGAUCGUUUCUUCCAAUCAAACGUGAUAACAUCAGAGGCAACAGCGAUGGACACGUCCGGGGCAGUGGGGGCGGUGGGAGCGGCGGUCGGCGUGGACGGGGUCGACGCCCCCGACAAGGCGGCGCCGGACCUCCGCUCGCCGUGAUCCCGCGCUCCCGGCGCCCGCUGGGUCGACGACCCCGGCGACGGAGCCGCGCGCUGCCACGUGCACCGGGCGGCCGCGUCCUACCCGACACCCGGCCCGCCCGCGACACUCGCGCCUUGCCCGCCGGACGGAGCGCACGUCUCCGUGCUGCGCUGGACGCCGGCUCCGCUCUCACAUUGGCGUCCGGUCACCCAUCGAACUGUCUAAUAUGAAGUUUGUGUUCAGUGUUUUGUUCGCGACAGGUUAUGUCGAGUGGAUUGAAACACUUUUGUAGUUACUAUUGCUCUCGCAAGACUCAAUUACCCAAAGUCAAUCAUGUUUAAUUACUAAUUAAUAAUAUUUUGAUCAUUGUUCAAAUAUUAGGAUGUACGUUCAGUCCAUUUGAGGUAAUCGAUGUCUGUGAAUAUAGAUUCAGAUUCAAGAUGUAAUUAGUGUUAAUAGGAAAAAUUAUUAUUAAAGGAAGUGGUCGUAGUUGGAAUUUAGGAUUUACAAUUUUUUUGCGCAAUGUCGGCUGUCUCCGGAGCUAGCAAUGAUAACAUGAUGAUACAUUGAUUAGAAAUUUAUAAAAUUGACCACCUAAUGUCAAAACGGAGCGAUACCGCGUGCACUCGGAGAGUUUCACGAAAUAGACAGUCGGCAUGCUUUUGAUUUCAUAAAUUUACUAAAAUAUAUGUAACAAGAUACAAUUCUCCAACGAUUAUAUAAAAAGUAAUUAAAAAUGAAAUUAUAAUAUAAAACAAUGAAAUUAUAUUCUAAUACUUUUAUAGAAUACAAAAACGAAUAUGAUAUGAUCAAAGCCUUCCAGUAAAUUUAGUGAAAUUAUAAAAGUUAAAGGAGUGCAGCUUGUAUAAGAUUCCUUUGCUGAGCUGUCAGACAGUGAGGACGGCCCCCGGGCUAGUCGCGUCGCUCGUGAGGCGAGUCGCAUCGCUCGGGGGGCGAGUCGCGUCACUCGGGGGGCGAGUUGCAACCGCUCGGGGGUCGCGCGUGUGAUAUUAUAAGGUGUUCUGUUUCGUUGUUGUGUGUUGUAUUUUAGAUUUAGUAUUGACAUUGAAAAAGUGGUUUUUUGUAACUUAUUGAAUAUUUAAGAAAGACGAGCCUUGCUUAAGGAACUAGUUUAGUUGUGUAGCCGAAAGUUUAGUUUUUAGUGAGGCUUGCGGUUCGGAUGCCAUUUUCGGUGCCAUUUAAGAAGCUUUCGCUUGGUGUUUCGAUCUCAGAAUGAUUUUAGCGAAGCUAUAAAGCUGACGUCCGGAUCGUAAGCUCCAAUACGUAGUUCGGACAUCGAGAAUGAUAUAUAGGUGCCUUUCAUACAAUUAAUAAAGAUAAUAAUGUAAGUACAUAAUUGUAAAAUUUUGUAGUUUUUUUAUCAUCAGCUCAUUUUAUUUAAAUCCAUUUACUAACCUUAAACAAGUACUAUUUAUUUAACACUUAUACAUAUAUUUGUUUUCAUAUUCUGCAAGCAUAAUACUGAGAUUUUAUAGAAUGCUGAACUAAUAAUUGUUUUUAAGCCUUUUUCCGAUUUCUUUGUCAGCAAACGACGCGGCCAUAUGAGAAAAGCUAGUCAUUAGAAUUAUUAAUUAAAUUUAAUAAUGAGAAAUAAAUACUUGUAUUGGUGUCCCUUAUAAACUAACGUAAAGGGAAUUAUUAAAAAAAAGUGGCCAAAUUACUUUUAAUGAAAUCGAUAUAUAAUAUAAUUAUUGAUAUAUAUGUAUGUAUGUAUGUACACAUUUUUGAUAGAUUUAGAUUUACGUAACAUUGUAUGAUUUUAGAAUUUGAACAGUCAAUGUUGCCCUCGAGGGUCUAUUCGGGUUGUUAAGAAUAUGCGUUAAUAGAUAAGACACAAUUGUUUUCUUGUUAUUUUGUGAUCCCUUAUUGAAUUAAUACAUCUGACAAAAAAAAAACUUUCAUAGCAAGACAAUCUCGCGGCUGUGUAAAAUUGACAGAAUUUUACCUUUGACAUUGACGUUGCGAGAGGAUGAUCAGGGGUCUAAGAGGAAGGUCGAAAUCAGACUUGGGUGAGACCUCUUCCCGAGUUCGGUCAACACUUUGAACUUAUCUAACUUAACUAAGGAUAAGAUCUUGUCAAUUCUGAACACUCGCAGGAUCGUUGGUUAGCUGUCGGUUUGCCAUAGAUCCUAAAACGUAAACAUAUGAGGUGUCUUAGUAUGUAUGUAAAACUUAUUCAAAAUAACUCAUGUUUGAUUCAGGGAUUGGAACCGCUUGAUUGUUAAUUCUGUUCUUAAUUGUCUUGGUUAAAACGUCACAAUAGUUCGUAAGGCCGGCUCGAGUUCGUUUCAACAACAUAAUUUUGUCGUCCCUUUCAGUUUUGCUCCGAAAACGAUGAGAGGAUACUAUUUAGAAUUAGAUGAAUAAGGUAAUAAUAGCAAUAACAAACGAAAAGCAAUAAUAAAACUAAAGUAUGCGUAUAGGGAAGCUAGGUUAUUGUACUGAAUGUAGUUCGGACACACGCAGAUUAUAUUUUGUAAUGAAAAAUAAUAAAUUUAAAAUGUCGGAUAGACUGGUUUAAAGUAUAUUACAAAAAAAUGAAUAGCUAAUUCACGGAACAAAGUAAGCGGCCGGCUAGGGCGGGCGGAGCUGCGUAACUUAGUCAAUUGCUAGCUGUAGACUGUAGACAAAUUACGAAAGUACAUUUAGAUAUAGUGACGUCAUAGCUUAAAAGAUACAAUUCGUCAAAACAUGAAAGGGACAGUCGGCACGCGCGUGCCUAGCGUCGGCGUCGAAUUUAAAUUUCAAUUGGUGCCGAAAUUAUAUUUCUAGACUGUGAUUCAAUUGUUCAUUUCGAUCGUGUCUUAUAUUGGAAUAGUUGUUUGUGUACUGGCACGACGGAUGCCGGGAGCGCGCUGUCCCGGGUAUGGGAAGACUCGCGAUUAAGUUUUUUAACGAAACUGAACUAAUACGCGCCAAAAAGUUCAAUCCUAUCUUAAUCAACGUUACAUUUAACUGAAUUUUUUGUACAUCACGUCACGUUGGCUUCGGUAGCGAGAACACAUUCAUAUUGCAACGAAGCUCAUUGAUAUGUCGAUGAAUUAGUCAAGAUUUCACACACACACAGAUACCGUUUUCUAAAGCAUAACAUUAUUUAGUGAUUGUAGCUUUGCAGUUAUCGUUUUCAUUUUUAAAUUGUAGACGUAUAAUUAAUAUGCAAGCGAAAUACGUAGCUACCGAAAAAGUUAAAAGGUAGUUUGUAGAUAAAUCACUGAGGGGAUUCAACAGCGGCAUACGUCAAAAUUGACAGCUGUCAUAAUUGUGGCGCCGACUACAAAGUGUCAACGUCAAGCAACAACCACAAGUGGGUUUAGUGAUGUACUAAUUAAUGGUCUGCGAUUUGACAUGUGCUCCUUCUGAAUUCCCUAGCGAUUACGUUACUUAGCCACACUGUUAUUGAUAUUGAAUGAUAAUUGAAAGCCUAAACAUUAUGUGCCUUAGAUACAACAAUUGUAUGUUAUAUAUGAUGCGUUCUAUACAACGUGCUAAUUAGAAUAAAAAAAAUAUGAAAAAAACAUUAUUUUGAAUGGCUGGUACUUGGAUUUCUAUAUUAAUUAGUGUUCAUUGCAAUUGCUUCACGUAAUUAUGCAUCCCUUGCCUCCAAACUUUAUAUUGAUCUGUCUGUCUGUAUCACACCCAACAUUUGUAUAGCUCAAGUUGCGUGACUAUAUAACGUAGUUACACGUUUUCACCUUUGAAAUUGCUUGACGUUCUGAUCGUGUUGCUCUAUGUGCUUAGUGCGAGUUUUUUAACUUUACGAUCGCGUAAAGUUAACUCAUAUUUGUAUGGAGUUGGAACAGCGCCCCUCACAGCAAGCAAAGGUGAGCUGUUCUAACUUCAUAUAAAUUUGAGUUAACUUUUACGCGAUCGAAAAGUUAAAAAAAAACGUGUGGUGUCGUGGGACACCGGAUAGGAACGAAGUUCCUUAUUAUAAAAAUAUUAAUUUAAAGUUCUAUUCGAGGUAUAAAGAAAUUAAAACUGGAGGUUUCACAACAACCCACGGUCAUUCGGUAACGUGCGAACUUAUUGUGGUACACUUCAUUCACGGUUGUUUGCAUAAGAGUUAGUGUAUUGCGCAAACGAACGCUCUGAGAUCGUGGUCAAUGAAUGAUAAAAAAAUAUGCUAUUUUUUUUACGUUAUUACAAAGUUAAGUCGUACACUGUGUGCAUUACUAAUAAAAAUCUUACGUUACGGACGUUUUUUCCCGGUUAGGGUACCCCUCCGAAUCGUCCCAUAUGGAACUUCGUUCCAAAAACUCGCACUAAGCACACUGAACUAGUUGUGAAGUCAAGUAAACAAUUCAUUACUAUGUUAUAUAGAUAUGCUACAUAUUAAAUAUUGACUCUUUGAGUAUUAGAACGAGCAAGCACCCUUCGUGAACUUAAAAACUUAAUUCCAAAUUAGUCCAUCUAUGGAAAACAUAUUUACCAUUACGUAACGCUUAAAGUGCGUAGUUUGCUGGAAUAUUACCUAAUAAUUAUCUAUCUUAUAUAAUUUUAGUAAUAAUCUUUAUACCCAUUUAUAUUUUAAUGGCGUGUCUCUAUCUUAAUCUAUGCUGGUUUUUUCUAUUAGAAUCGCUUUUAUUUAAUGAAGUUUUACUUAUUUUGGCGCGCUAAAGGUAGAGUUUUAGUGCGGACUGAAAAAUUAUAUGUCAGAACUUUAUUACGCAGGCGCUCUUCUCAGAGUUGAACGUGGAAUUCAAUUGGGUUUUGAAGUUUCGGUUAAUUUGGAAAUAGCAUUUUCAGAUUUGAUUUAUUUUUCACAACGCUUAGUCGAGUUAUAAAUUUUCUAAAAUAAUAACCUUCGUAAUCUUAACAGCCAAAUAAUGGAAAUUUAUUGUGCAAUAUGGUCUUUUGGAAGAGUCUGAGAAGCCAUUGUUCCAUUCCCACUCCAUUCCCACGUGCACUUCUGAAGACUUCUCAAUUCGGCUACUCGUUCGCGCCCAAAAUGUACAAAUAAAUACUUCUGAUUCUUCAGACACGUUGUUUAUUCAAGAUUAAGCUCUGUUGACUAUAUAAAAGGUUUAUGUUUUCUUGUUUUUUUUUCCAUUCUAAAAAUUUAUUUGUAUUUAAUAGUUUAGUCGUGCCAAAGAAGUAUCACUUCCAGCUUCUAACCUAUACGUAGUGCAUAACAAACAGCUACUUUUUUAAAACUGUUUAAGCACUAAGUUGUUUGUCGCAUCGCUUCUUGAUAUUACUCAAUUCAAGUCCUUAUAAUCUAUAAAAAUAUAGUCUUAAUAAUAAUUUAGACAUGGAAAAUACAAAAUCCGUCUCGCUGUUAAGUUUUUCUCGAAUCAUCAUAUAACAGACAUACGUAAGUAGUUUUAACGUUAAGUAUAAAAUAACCGUUUUAAGAAUACACCUAAUUACGAACUGUUUCGUACAUUUUAUGUGCAAUUUUAUUUACUUGUGUAACUUCGUAAUGGAAUUUCUUUUCUUUGUUGACGGAAUUACAGCUAAAUGUCAGGCUGAAGGUCGAUGACCUGUGUUGCGUGGUUAUUACGUUUUUUUUUUGUUUUGUUUUAGCGAAUUUAUUAAUUAAUCUAGUUCAUUACGGUCGUGUAUGUAAAUAUGUUUCAAUGUAUGUUUUAAAAAAAAAUAUAUGUAAAUUAACUUUAGAAUUCGAAUUUAUGUACGUGUUACGUUUGUCAUCUCAUUUCUUUAUCGUGCUUCUUGUAUAACCUUUUUUGAUGUAAUUGUUUUAAAUGAGAAAGCGAAUCGAAUGACCUCUUCCGAAAUAAUUCAAACGAAAACACCAACUAUGUAACUAAGAAUAGGUUGUUCAAUUAUGCACAAUAACAAAAUAAAUAAAAUAAAAAAACUAAAGAUAGACUUGUAAAAAUGUUAAAACAUGUAUUUUUAACCUAUACAUAGUAAGAUAUUUAUAGAAAUUAGUCGUUUAAUUAUUUCGAACGACUUGUUAUAAAGAAAAUUGGUGCUUAAGCUUAAAACAAUUAUGGUGUGGCACGAUUGUCGUGUCCGGAAUGUAUUGUCGUGAAAGGGUCGAGCAUUUUGACACAGCAUGCGUUGUUAUGCAAGCGGCUCCAUUGAAUUGUCCAUUGACAGCUGUCAAAACGGACAGACGUCAAAUCGUCAACGGUUAGCGUAUCUCUCAGUUGUGUCAAAGAUUAUUUAUUAUGUUUUUAUUCGAAUGGACAGUUCAAUGUGAGGACGCGAGCAAUUAUAAUAAUGUAGGUAAACUUUGCUCAAAAACGAUGAAAAAAACUGAAAGUGUUACAGUUGAUGCAAUACAAACAAACAAACACA